UCAGAUUUCAACAUCAGCGUGCGCACAGGACUCAUUAUUUCUCUUUUAACACCCAAGCGAGUAUUUUUACUGUUCUGUUUCAAAACUCCCAGGUUCUCUCCUCUCACCCAUGGAAUCUGAUAGAGACAAAUCUGUUAUAAGUGGAGGAACAUUGGCGCUACCCACAAUUCACAUGAUUUCAGAUCUCCUGCAUGAAAUCAACAUGACCAACAGCACCAGUCUGCCAGAGGAGAUCCUAUUCUCCCCAUACUUCCAGCACUCGCUGGGCAUGGCUACCGUGUUUAUCCUGGCCUACCUGUUCAUCUUCUUGCUCUGCAUGAUAGGUAACAGUGUGGUCUGUCUCAUAGUUCUGAGGAACAGGCAUAUGUGGACGGUUACUAACGUCUUCAUCCUGAACCUUUCCAUCAGUGAUCUGCUUGUGGGGAUCUUCUGCAUUCCCACCACUUUGGUGGACAAUCUCAUUACAGGUUGGCCAUUCAGUAAUUUAAUAUGCAAGCUGAGUGGCCUUGUGCAAGGAAUAUCUGUCUGUGCAUCUGUCUUCACACUAGUGGCCAUUGCAGUGGACAGGUUUCGCUGUGUAGUUUACCCUUUUAAACCCAAACUAACACUAUUUGUGGCAAAGACAAUCAUUGGAAUGAUAUGGCUUUUGGCUCUCGUCAUAAUGUUUCCCUCAGCCCUGAUGUUGACCGUCCAACAAGAACGGAGCCACUUCAUGGUUCAAGGUGACAACUACAACCUUACCUAUCCUCUUUAUUCUUGCUACGAGACAUGGCCUGAGCCUGGGAUGCGGAAAGUGUACACUACAGUGCUGUUUGCCCAUAUAUACCUGAUUCCCCUUAUCCUUAUCAUCCUCAUGUAUGGCUGCAUUGGAGUGAAACUGUACUCGACAACCUUCCUGGUCAAGGUGAACCAACUAGACAGCACUACACAAGGGAAGUCACCGAUAUUGCAAAGGAAGAUCAAAGUCAUCAAAAUGCUUAUCGUUGUGGCCCUUCUCUUUAUGUUGUCCUGGCUGCCUCUAUGGACCUUGAUGCUACUGACAGACUACGCACGUCCUGAAGGAGAUCAGCUGGAUCUUCUGACGGGAUAUGUCUUCCCUUUCUCUCAUUGGCUGGCGUUCUCCAAUUCUAGUGUCAAUCCCAUCAUCUAUGGCUACUACAACAAAAAUUUUAGGCAAGGAUUUCAGGCUUCUUGGAUACAGCGACCAACCUGCUGCCUAGUCCGGCCUUCACAGGUCCAUCUUAGAAAAGGCAAAAGGGGCAAAAAGACUUGCUCUCACUUCGACAAAGCUGUCAGUUCCAACACACUGAACCUGGGAGUAAGAAACAAAAUCUACACUGACAAUGACCUAACAGGUUGUGUGCGUCUGGAGAUGGAACAAAGGCGAGUGUCUAAGCAAAUUAGAAACUCAGGGGCAGAAGGAGGAAACAGGGGAACUGCCAUCAAACGAGAGCUUCUGGGAGAAAUUGAAAGGAUCUCCCCAACAGGACCUACAGUGUACCAAGCCUGGGAACUUUAAGUGGUCCACCUCAAAGCAAGGCUCAUGGUCAUAAUAGAUGGUGAAUAUUAGGUUUCUAUGAGCAUAGUAGCUCCUGACAAUGAUAGAGAAAAAUAAUAAAGUGAAACCCAACAAUGGCCAUAAACCAAAACAAAAGCAGAAAUGUAAAUUUUUUUUAGUGAUCUUUGUAUACAAAUCUC